AUGGGCGUGAAUCGAUUUGAAUGCCGAACCUGUCCUUACGAGUGGGCUCUGGAGAAUAAGUGGUACGAUCGGGUCAACGUGAAGGAGAAAGAGGUUGAACAAGCACUGGGCGGCAAGGAUGAGUGGAAGAACGCCGAUAGCAUAGGCACGCAAUGUCCGAACGAAGGCUGCAACGGCGAGCGUGCAUACUUCUACCAGCUGCAGAUUCGCAGUGCAGACGAGCCGAUGACUACAUUCUUACGGUGUACAACUUGCGCGACACAAUGGAGAGAGAACUAG